GAAGUAAGAUUUUUAAAAAUAUCUACCUAUCAGCUGACCCUCCGCCUUGCCUCGAGUUGCAGUUCCAGUUGCAGUAGCAGGCAGCCAGCCAGGCAUGGAUUGUACAUCUUCUCCAUGGAUUUCUGGAACCUUCACCCUCUCUCCUCCGCGACCUCCACUUUCUCUCUCUUCAUCAUCUUCUUCUUUCCGAUUUUUCUGCGGCUCCCAAUUCUCAGCUAAAGACCUCAGAUUUGUGCUCCAUGAUUCUCUUCAUUUUUCCGGAACUGACAUCACUCAUGCAAAGGCUGCAAGAGAUGGCUUUACUUCACAGAUUCGGAAUUUGUCUGAAAUCGAGAGAGAAACUAGCAUUUGUAUUAAUAAAGGUGUGGAGCUAGGAAAAACAGCUCUAUAUAUUGCUGCAGAAGAUGACGCCCUCAUGUCUCACUCUUCUGUACCUCUUCCUGUCGAUGCUUUCUUGGAGAGACUGGAUAACCUUUCUACAAGCUAUUGUCCUCAUUAUCGUUCUUCAUUAGCUUCAUCGCCAGAGGAUCUCUUGGACAGCGUAGAGAGGUACUUGUACAUAACAAAGGGUUUUAGGAGAACAACUGCAGGUUCUAACCCUUCAACAAAAGACUAUUAUCUUCACUCGGUUCUAGCACAGCGUUGUGGUUCUGUUGCUAUCCUAUCUCUUAUUUAUUCAGAGGUCCUCAAAAUGCUGCAGCUUUGGGGUGUGAUAAAUUUUGAUGUUGAAAUAUAUCACCCACGUGAUAUCUCAAGUCUCCCUAGAGCCUAUAAUAAGAAGAAAGGCAAAGAAUCUGAUCAAAAACACAUAAUGACAUCAGAAUCUUUGCUAGUGGAGAUCUUGAGAAAUUUGAAGAAUACUUAUUGGCCAUUUCAACAGAAUCCAACAGAGAGUUUGUUUUUAAGGGCAGCAAUUGCAGCCAAUUGCGUAAACAGUGGUUUUGAACAUGCAUCUGCCAAGGCUGCCCAACAUAGGCUAGAUCGUGGUGUUUGGACUAGUGUGCUUUUUGGGGACAUGAGGCGUGCAUUAUCCGCGUGUGAACGUCUAAUCCUUCUGGAAGCCAAUUCUGAGGAGUUGAGAGAUUAUGCUGUUCUUCUGUACCAUUGUAGCUACUAUGAGGAGGCAUUGCAGUACUUGAAAUUCUACAGUGAAGUAAAGAAAACAUCAGAUUCAUUGAACAAACCAGCAGAAAAUGAUGCUGUUGAAAAACUCAUAGUCCGGCUUAACCUUAUUAUGAUGGAAGAUGGUUGGAAGAGACCCUCAGCAAGUUUCUUUCGUAACAAUUCUGAGCCAUGGUAGUAGAUACAGAUCAUAUUUUUCUGAUCAAUUCUGAGUACAAAUGUCAGAUAGGCAGUUGGAGAAGCGAGGUUUUCAAAAGACAGAAUGGUGUUGUUAUAUUUUCGAACAUUAAAGUGGCAACAAGCUUCUACUUGUGUCGGAGAUGGGAAUUAAUUUGUGCUGAUGGAGCUUAAACAUGAGAAGGUAAACGUGAGCUGGUCUUGAUGAACUAUGUCUAGGGUGGUUCAUAUGUUGCAUUUUAUUGGUUAGGAGUAUUUUGUUUCUUACUUUCUUAGCAGAUGUGUGCAUAUGAUGACUCUGGGGUGGGAGGUUGAUAAUUGUAUAGAUUAAGUGCCGUUUGUCAUUCUCAACUCCCAUUUUCCAUAUACAAUGUAAAUACCAUCAUAUCUCCAUCAUUAAAAGCUUUUUUAGAGGAACAUGAGAUCUGUGUAGGAUAUGAAACCUUUGAAAUAUUAUUAACAAGCAUUCUGAUGCCAUUGUUUCUCA